ACCCUCGUGCACGUCAAACCUCCCACGUACAUCCUCUCACACACGUUUCCAGCAUCAGCGGCGGCGGAGGGUCGAGGAGGAGCGGAGGAGAGCGGCUCAACCCCACGGAGGGAGAUGGGAGAGGAGAGACGGCUUCUCCGCCGAUGACACGAACACGACAGGCAGCGGGAAGCAUGGGCCGAACGAGAACCAGAACCAGAACCAGAACCCCAACCAGCCGGGAGAUGCUGUGCUUGAUCGGAACCGCCUGCUUCUGGAUGCCGUUGUUGGCUGAGGUGGUGGCUGAAGACAGUUACUUAAACGAGGUGCAGAAUUCAGUGCCCCUGUCCUGCUCGGAGGGAUUCACAGAGCUGGGGUACUACAACGGCACAGUGUCCCAGACGGACUCUGGAGCCCCCUGUCUGAAGUGGACGGAGUUUCCAGACUACGUUAUUCAGUAUCCAGGACGAGGGCUGGGCGACCACAACUACUGCAGGAACCCCGACCGAGAAUCCAACCCCUGGUGUUUCUUCAGGCAGAAUUCGGGGGCCAUUGGGUGGGCUUACUGCGACUGCCACCAGGGUGCAGCUCGUCUGAUUGGCGGUUCGUCCACCAGCAGUGGGCGGGUCGAAGUCUACCUGAAUGGACAAUGGGGGGCGGUGUGCGACUCCCACUGGACGGACAGAGACGCUAGUGUGAUCUGCAGACAACUGGGUCUGGGUGACAUUGGCACAGCUCUGCAGCAUUCCCAGUUCGGCUCCGGCUCAGGCCUCUUUCACUAUGAGCGUCUGGGUUGCCGCGGCGACGAGAACACCCUGAGCAACUGCCGGAGCAGGACGUUCGUCACCGGUGACUGUAGCCAUGGAAACGAGGCCGCAGUGGUGUGUGCGCCACCAGAAGGCAGUGGCCCCCCCCUCCGACUGGUGGGUGGUGAGGAAGACUUUGAAGGUCGAGUGGAGGUGUUUUACGGAGGAAGGUGGGGCUCCGUCUGUGAUGACCAAUGGGAUGACAGAGACGCUGAGGUGGUGUGCAGACAGCUGGGCUUCAGUGGUGUGGCCAAGGCCUGGUCCUGGGCCCACUUCGGUCAGGGUUCUGGUCCCAUCCUGCUGGAUGCUGUGAAGUGCACAGGAAAUGAGUUCUUCCUGGAUCAGUGUUCCCAUGGUGACUGGGAGCAGCACAACUGUGACCACAUGGAGGAUGCUGGGGUCUCCUGCAGCCCAUAUACAGAUGGGGUGGUGCGGCUGGUCGGAGGAGACAGUCCCUGGGAGGGUCGGGUGGAAAUUUUACACAACGGGGACUGGGGGACAGUGUGUGACGACCACUGGACACACCAACAUGCAGAGGUGGUGUGCAGACAGCUGGGCUACAGGGGUCAUGCUGAAGUGGUGGUAGACGGAACGUUUGGCGAAGGCGUUGGGCUGAUCUUAUUGGAUGACGUACGCUGCGAGGGGUCAGAGCCGUCCCUGUUGGACUGUCGACACGGGAUCUGGGGGAGGACAGACUGCUCUCACAGCGAGGACGUAGGCGUUCGCUGCAGAGGAACGUCCAGCCAACGGACCAAUGAGGUGCCGGUCAUUGCACCUUCGACAGGUCCCCUGGUGCGUCUCGUGGGUGGCAGCAGUCGGAAGGAGGGUCGCGUUGAAGUUUAUCUCCAUGGUGACUGGGGGAGUAUCUGUGACUCGGGCUGGAACGACCUGAACGCAGUGGUGGUCUGCAGACAGCUGGGACACAGCGGCAGAGCGCUGGCAGCUGGAGGGUUCGGCCCAGGUAAAGGACCCGUCCAUCUGGACCGGGUCAGGUGCACAGGGAAGGAGGAGUUCUUGGGCGAGUGUCCGUCUCUGGGCCAGAGAAUCCAGGGCUGCAGACACCAAGAGGACGCCGGGGUGAGGUGUGAUGUGGCAAAUCUGGAAUCAGCUUCACGGGCAAAGCCUGAGGAGCUGAGCUGUGGUUUGAGGAAGAUGGAGGAAGAAGAGGAGGAGAAGAAGAGGAGGAAGAACCGAGGAGAGGACAGCACACUCAGAACCUCGUGGCCGUGGCAAGUUUCAGUGUGGCUUCGAUCCCACCAACACAACACUGGUCCAGUCUGUAGUGGAACUGUGAUCAGCCCCUGCUGGGCCCUGACCUCUGCACACUGCAUCAGCAGGUUUGGCAGUGACCCCUCGGAGCUCCUGGUCCGGGUCGGGUCUUCGGAGAGAACCCUGGUCCCUGAACAGGUGGUGGUUCACAGGAAGUUCAAGGGUCAGAGCGGAGGUCAUGACCUGGCUUUGAUAAGGCUUCCCAGCUCCAAGGGCCACUGUAUGACCUUUGACCCCAACACUAAUGCGGCGUGCCUUCCUACUCCAGACACAGCAUCAGAUGGGAGUCGUCUGUCCGCUUGUGUUGUCACGGUUACCACAGGCUGGAGUGGUCCAGAUUCCAUACUUGCAUCCUGGGUGCCUUUGAUGUUGCCAUGGCAAUGUAAGAAGCACUACGGUGACAGCUUCUCCAGCCACGGAACGCUGUGCGCCGGCAGUCCCCCCGACACCAGCCGUCUCCACAGCGACGACUGUCAGGGCAACUCUGGAGCUGGGCUGGUGUGCCAGGGGGACGCGGGUCGGUGGGUGCUCACAGGUGUGGUCGCCGGCGGUUACGGCUGCACUGACCCCGCCUCUCCUGCGCUGUACAUACGUGUCAACCGCUUCAGGAGCUGGAUCAACGAGGUCACACACACGCACGACAGGAGGCGGGAUGAGCUCGACACAGAACUACGGCACGGACACGAGGAGGAGCCGUCACACAUCCGUGACAAACACACACAUGACCAUCAACACGAUAACGAGAUCGGCACCGUUGGACAGAAACACACACACGUGCAUCAUCCACACACUAACACACAGGCGAAGAGCGCACACUUUCACAGUUUCAACACAGAGAAUCCCGACAAACACGUACAAAUCGUGGUCUGAUCGACUCCGUGUGAUUGGCUGUACCAUCUGUGCCAUGUGACCGCCUGAGGAGCAGGAGGAGGAGCAGGAGGAGGAGGAGGACCAGGAGCAGGAGGAGGACCCAGCUUCAGUGUCAGUGUGAACUCAGUGUUGUGAAGUGUCGUCAGGCAGAUGCAGGUGUGUGGGCCGACGUGGACGACCCAAUGCAUGGUGCUUUGUGGUGCUUUUUUUACAGGCAGACCCAGAAUCUGGCAGACGCUGAUCAGGGUUUUUUCACCCACCUGAAAAACUCCAAAAAAUCAGCAUGGCAUGUAUUUAAGGUGAAACCUACAGUACUUCGGGUGAAAUUUUAAAGGUGGUCAGACA